UUGGAUUUAGUCAAGCGUGCGCUACGUCCAGCGACGACAACGUGCGCUACUAUUGUUUCUCGCUUACCUAUUGUCUCGAUCAUAUGGUCUGUCUUUCGUAUUACUUAUGUCGGCUGAAUCUUUUGUCUGCUUAGACCCUAUCUCUACGAACAAGAGCAUUCGUUCUUACUUAUACUCGCAGUAUCGAGCUCGUAUACCUCAGACGCAUCCGCGUGCACGAUCUGAGGUAAGACAUUUAGUUUCCACUUACAUUCACCUAUACUUACUUUGUGUUAGCUAUCUACUUGAUAUAGAUCCACGCGAAACGAGUUCAUAACUUGCACAAUACUACCUCGUAUCAACACUCCCUUGCGUUGGUCCAGACGAGUCGCAAAAAAUGUCGCAAACGUCACAAUCUGAGUGUUUCAUCCACUCGCUUCCCACAGAGACGGUGUGCAACAUCCUCAAGACUUUACUUUAUGACAUUAUCGAAGAUGAUAUGAUAAGAACUCCUGAAGCCAAGCACCGGGUUCUGGCAGGAGGACUACCGUUCCUUCACACCAUGGCAUUGGUGUGCAGACAUUGGCGAGACAUCGUGUCUUCUACACCCGAGUUGUGGACUCGGAUCUUUUGCGUUUUUCCCCAGGAGGAGCUCCGGUGGAUGAAAUCCCAACUCAAGAAGACCGUCAGAUACCCAAUCCAUCUGACCGUAAUUCUGAAUCACUACCCUGAUGAUGCCGUAGACUGGGUCUGUCGUGUUUUCCGCGUCAUUGCACGGAAUCUUCAAAGACUGAAGAGCCUUAGAAUAUCCAAGUUCUAUGAGGAAUACCAGUCGUACGACACGCGGCCGCAUCGCCACCUCGACAAACUAAAAGGAUAUGCGCCCCAACUCGAGUUUUUACGAUUCACAGAUGGAGGGAGAGAUGCCAAUCGUCAUUUCAACCAACCGUGUUUGAAAUUGGACUGUCCAGCCCUUAGGACACUUCAUAUCGACACGAACGCGAUUUGCGGCUCGGAUCAACGGUGGAUGCACGAAAUUCUGACACAUAUUGAAAACAUGAUCAUAUCAUAUGAAUCCGAUCCUCUAGCCUAUGGAUAUUCAAAUGAGACGCUUGCUCGGGCGUUGAAGGCAGUAUCGCGGCCAAUACCUUGCCUCACUCUCGAUAACUGGAAUCUGAGAUCGCUUUUCGGCCGCCAAGUCGACUACAAAAUUGUGGCAGAGAAAGUGAUCCUGCGCACACGCUUUGAUGCUUUGACCGUGCUCGAUAACGAUUGCCAGACGAUUGUUCUUCACCAAUGCAAUACUAUCCGUGAUCUUCAUGGCAUACCGUUACCUUCCUUCAAUUCUCUAGAGUUGAAUGGGUGCUCUAGCAAAGAUCUGCAGCAUAUCCCUAGGGUCUGCAAAUGGGACGGUACUACGGUGACCAUCACGAACAGCCACUUCUCCUGCAUAGAGAUCAUCCUAUACUUCCUCGGUGCACCUUUCAAAAGCCAGAGUUGCUCCCUGUGGCCCCGUGUCACCACACUCAAGCUCGUAGCCGAAGGCGAUUUUGACAUGGAGUUGCUGUUGACAACAUUGCAGGCAAUGAUCAGCAGCCGGAGGGAGGCUGCGGGGCAGGAGAACCUAGGGAAGGACGAGGAGGAGCUGAAUAGCAUGAGAUUCGAAGGCGUGCGUCCGAUUAUGGUACUUCAUGUGCACGGCGGACAACGUCUGUCGCACAAGGAGAAGGUGUGGUUUGAGGAACGGGUGAGGGACUUUGUGUGGGAUCACGAGAAAAUGUGAAGGAGCAGUUGAUAUGCCUGGAUUGGUCUAAAGAAAUGUACAUGUUAUCUAUCGUUUGCGUUCGGUCAUUAUUCUAGGUGUAACCGCACAUAAAUGUCCUAGCUCCGUCCUGGACGUUCUAAAUUUGGAGUAAUCCCUUGCUACUUAGGCUUGAGUUGGCCGGACAGCCUCUAA